AUGAGUUCUUCCACCGAUCGCGUAGCCACCCUGAGGUCUGCUCUCCAUGCUAGUGCAGACGGCCGCCGCUUCUCGAUUCACCCAGAGGAUGAGCAUUCUUCUGCCCCUCACCAGAACUUGAGAUCCCACCCUUCGCACAAGGUCCACGCUGGCUUAGACACCUCGAGAACCAGCACUGGCGUGAUUUGGACAACUGAGCAAGCUGCCAAACACGGAUUCAUCGACGAGCCUGAGAAAUGGGCCAAUCUUGGUCAAGGCGCACCCGAAGUUGGUGAUGACAUUGAAGGCUGCUUUCCCCGGCCUAAAUCGAUCCCCAUCAGCUUGAAGGGUCAAGAAUAUGGCCCAACCGCUGGCAUCAAGCCUCUCCGGGCCGCUGUUGCGAACCUUUACAACGACAACUUCCGUAAGGGUAAAGAAUCCCAGUAUACAUGGGAAAAUGUCUGUAUCGUGCCCGGUGGCCGAGCCGGCUUGAUCAGAAUCGCGGCUGUGCUGGGCAAUGCCUAUCUCGGCUUCUUCAUCCCCGAUUACACCGCUUACAACGAGAUGUUAAGCCUGUUUCGAAACUUCGUCGCCAUUCCCACUCCUUUGUCUGCCGCGGAUGGAUACCACAUCCACGUCGACAAGAUUGUGGACGAGCUCGCACGUGGCACGUCUGUCAUAUUGACCUCGAACCCCCGCAACCCUACAGGUCAUGCUUUGUCCCAGGAGGAGCUCUCAUUGAUUCAGGACAUUUGUCGUGAUAGGGCCACGUUGAUCUUUGACGAGUUCUACUCUGGGUACACGUAUAGUUCCAACUGCGACGGAACGACAGUCUCGGCGGCAAGCAAUGUAAUUGACGUCGACAAGGACGAUGUCAUUUUGGUUGACGGUUUGACCAAACGUUUUAGGCUUCCUGGUUGGCGUGUUGCCUGGGUCAUUGGUCCGAAAGAAUUCAUCAAAGCUCUUUCAUCGUCUGGGAGCUACCUCGAUGGAGGCACAAAUGUCCCGUUCCAGGAGGCGGCAGUCGAGAUGUUGGACCCACCGAAGGUGAAGGAGGAAAUGAAGGCACUUCAGCGCCAUUUCAAGAUGAAGCGGGACUAUGUUCUCAAACGACUGAAGGAAAUCGGCUUCACUCAAGGUGACCAAGAAAUCCCUGACAGUACCUUCUACAUCUGGCUCGAUCUCACCACGUUGGACCCACCUCUGCCCAAGGAUAGCAACAUCGACAUCUCCAAUGGUCUCUCCUUCUUCGAUGCGCUCUUGAAAGAGAAGUGCAUAGUUGUGCCAGGCAUAUUUUUCGAUCUGAAUCCUUCCAAGAGACGAAAUCUCUUCGACAGUCCUUGUCACCAUUUUGUCAGAAUAAGCUACGGGCCAAAGAUAGACGUGCUCAAGAGGGGCCUCGACAGCAUUGAGCGAGUGGUGAAGCGUGCCAGGGGCGAACUUGGAGACUACGACAGUGCAAUUCAAGAAGAGCCCGAGGAAGAGAGCAAUCAGGAUCCCGAAAAAUCCAGAGAGGGGCAUGGGCAAGGCGAGCACUUGAACUGA